AUGUUUGGCCUCUCUCUGGGAUUGAGAUUGAUAGAUUUGGUGGAGAAUAGGUGUUAAAAAAAAAAAGAUUUGGUGGAGAAUGACGACGAUAGGAGGAUUGUUAAUGGGGAUUGGAAGAUCAUUCAGAAGAAAGAGAGCUUCUUCUCUUGAUAUUCUCUCUCCCAAAAGAGCUCCAAGAGACUUCUACAAGGGCAGAAACUGCAAAUCUUUGGGUUUCCAUACAAGAAAAGGAGGAUAUGUUGUGCAGCCAAGUAAAUUGCCGAAUUACGUAGUCCCUGAUCUCACCGGCUUUAAGCUGAAACCAUAUGUAUCUCAGUGCCCUUUACAAGUCAACACGAACGAGUCAACCGAAGCUUCCAAGUGAAGAUAGUCAGUCAGAAGAAAUAUGGUUUCUUAAGUCUUCUUCAUUAAGCUUUAAGUUAGGACUCUGUUCUUCUUUUAUCCUUAAUCCUUUUGUGCUAUUCUCAAAAUGGGAGAUUUGGUCUGAUAUAUUCAUGAAAUGAUAAUCUAGAAUUCCAAAAUAAUUGGUAACAUGUUGAUGUGGUGGAAUAUAUAUUCAUUCAUUUGAUAAAGCA